GCCACUGCCAAAACAGUCCAUUGUGUAGCUUGACCGGAAUGCUGGAGCUUCCGUGCGGGCCAUGGGGUCAUGUCCAGGCCCCUUGGAUGCCGUGCUCAACUACCUCCUGCAUGAUCCAGAGUUUUUCUACCUCCGUCCGCGCGCCAAGCCAACGAUACAGGAGCCGCCGCGCAAACGCCGGCGAUGCUUGGCGAAUAGCUACCCAUACUUCGAGGUGAAGCGCAGAGCGCCGGAAGAGGUGCGUCCGAAAGCGCCAAGCCCAGAGCACGAGCCGACGGAGAUCAGCGAGCCUCCCAAGGAGGCCGCCGCUGAGCCAGCGCCUUCCUUACCAGAGGAGCCCUCUGUGCAGGUUCCUGACACACCUGGAAAGGAUGAGCUUUGGGCGCCGAAGGCGCCGAAGGCACCACCUUUGGCACCCGAGCCAGCCGAGGCCGUCACGGUGCAGUCUUCGCCUUCCCAGGCGGUGCAGGACGAGCUUGGAGCCAAGGAGGCGCCGGAGCCAGUGUCAUUUCCCACUCCGGCGCAGCCGGUGACGGUGCCGCCGGUGCCUCUCUUUCAGGCGCCCGAGCCGCAGGUUGCGAUUCCAGAGCCGCCCAGUGGGGAGGUCUCUCCAUGUUCUGAGCCGAAAGAGGCCUUGGAUGACUGGGCGCAGCACCAGGCGAACAUGGUCCUGGAAUCCAUCUUCGCCCAGGCUGGUGUCGAAGACGGCGAGGCAAAUGAGGCAGAGCCGGAGGCGGAGGUUGCGGUUGCGGAGGUGGUGCAGGACAGCGAGGACGAGCACGAAGAGAAGCAGGAAAGGGCGGAGAGAAUAGGGGAGACGGAGAGGGGACGGGCAGAGCAGAGGGCGGAAAGGGAGGAAAGGGAGGAAAGGGAGGAAAGGGAGGAAAGGGAGGAACGGGAGGAAAGGGAGGAAAGGGAGGAAGAGGAAGACGAGGAUGAUGAAACCGGACAGGAAGGGGAGGAGGAAGAAGAGGAAGAUGAUGAUGGCGAGGACGAAGAAGAGGAGGACUGGCAGGAGGAAGAAGUGGAGGAUGAGCCUGAAGAGGAAGCAGCCAGCAUGCAAAUGCGCAGCCAAUCUCACUUCGCUGCACAGGCCCUCAUGCCACAGCCCACGCCACAGCUUUCAAUGAGCUUCUCUUAUUAUGCGGCCGAAGGCAAAGGCAAAAAGGGCAAGAAGGGCAAGGAGGGCAAGCAGGGCAAGGAGGGCAAGGCCACAGGAAAAGAGCGGGGGAAGAAAGGCCAAAAAGGCCAAGCCAAGGGUAAAAAGGGCAAGGAGAGGGAUCGAGCCCAGGAAGGCUGGGAGGAAGGCUGGGAGAAAUCUGAUUGGAAGGAGGAUACAUGGGAGAGCAGUGAAGAGAAAGGAAAGGGGGGAGGCUUCAAAGGCAAGGAUUGGUCGAAUGAUUGGCGAGGGAAGAAUUGGUCUUGGAACGCGCCGGACCGCGAGCGGAAGGAAGGCUGGAACACUUGGAAGAACCCCAAGGUCACUUGGGAGGAGCCCCAAAGCUGGCCGGAAGCUGCCGAGCCCGCACCGGUCGGGCGCGUGGAGCGCGCUCCGCGCGAGCCAAAGCGUUCGGAGCGCUCCGGCUGGGCCGGGUGGAAGGACCCGAAAGACCGGUGGAAUACGUGGAGCAAGGACAACAGAGAGGAGAAGUGGGAGAAGAAGGAGGAGAAGUGGGAGAACAAGAAGGAGGAGAAGUGGGAACCAUGGACAGAAAAGGAAGACUGGAACAAGUCAUGGAAGCCCAGCUGGGGGAGAGGCGGCACCACCCCCUGGUGACAUGCGUGCGGGGA